GGGAUUGAAUGACGUCACAGUUUAAACGUAAAUAAAGCCAAAUUUGAGUUGAAGAAGGCGCCAUGGUGGAGAUUUUUACAUUUUUCACCGUUAAAUCGCCUUCCCUUCCCUCCAGAGCGGCAUGAGCGGGAAGAAGUCCAUCUCAGGCCCCUACAGAGCCACGAAACUGUGGAAUGAUGCGGUGCGGUCGUUCUACAAUGGCAUGCCGGUGGCGCGUCACUGGCGGGGUCUGCGGCAGUACGACCGCUGCUUCACCGCCACCGAGGCCGUUGACUGGCUCCACCAACACCUCCAGACCAACCCCAACUUCAGCCGCGCCGUCUCCCGGGACCAGACCAUCAAGCUGCUCAGGAAGUUUGUGAAGUCUGGUCUGCUGGAGGAUGUCCGGGGGGGCACCACACGGCCGGAGGACUUCAGGGACGGCAGGGACUUGUACAGGUUCAGCAGUCGGUCGCCCCUGAAGGCCCUGCGCACUCCUGGCCGCUCAGCCCUGGCAGCCCUUGACCCCAACACGCCUCAGCCCGACCUUGGUGCGUCCCCCAUACUCAAACGGCACCGCAGCUCCAUUCGGCAGUCGGUCAGGUGUAAAAGAAGCACCGCAGACAGGGACGCCUCGCCUGGAGACGAUGCCCCGCGCCCCAAGGUGAGGCCCAGGCGUGCUGCUUCCCUCCACCGUGGCGAGAAUGCCGUCAACGAGCGGAGGGACAAGGAGGCCCAGCGCGGCACAGACCAGGGUGGCAUGCAGGAGUGUCAUCUGGUGGCCCGUCCCCCCACCACUGAGGAGACCAACCAAGUGUGGAAGGAGGUUGUGCUUGACAAGUUGGACGGGAUGUGUGAGCGUCUGAUCUUCGGGGACGUGAGCACAGUGCUGGAGCCCAAGAUGGUGUGUGGGGAGAGUGUGCGGCACAACAUGACGCAGCUGUCGGCACGUGGUGUGGUGCGGGUGGCGGAGGGACACCCGGAGGACCUGCCCAACUGGAUCCUGACCGCCAUGAAGUGCUUGGCCCACUGGCCCAAUACAGCCGACCCAUCCUGCAAUAUCCCCAACUACCCCGGGGUGGAGCGAGACGUCUUCAAAAUUGUGCGGGAGUUCUUCACUAACAUGGUGGUGCCUCUGAUCCCUUAUGAACUGUACGAGGCUCUGAUCCGCCUGUACAUCGGGGCGGAGUUCCUGGACAUCACCCACCGCUCCCCUGCCGUCCCUGCCAGCACUUCCACCUCCACCUCCACAUCCACCUCUGCCUCCCCACCCCCUGAGCCCUCCCCACACCAUUGCAGCGACACAGACUCUGUGGAGGACCUCAUUCUGAACAUGAGUAUUGCUGGCCAGGCCACCUCCACACCACACGGGGAGGAGCGGGGUCAGGGGUCGGCUGAGGGUGGGGCUGGUAGUGGCAUGCACACCCCACGGCUGGACACCAUGCGCCACCCGGAGGCCGCCCGCCUGCUGCUGUCCCUCAAGCUGCGCGGCCUCAGGGACUACACGGACUUCAAGGACGACAGCCUCUACCCCAACUCCCCACUGUGCCAGGACUCUGAUGGGAACCACCCCAGCCUCCCCCAGGAGCAGCCGCCACAAAGGAUGAGGACCCCCAGUGGCCCUGCCAGUCAGGCCUCCCUCAAGACCCCUCCAGAGACCAGAGAUGUCCCGCGGCCUGUUAGUGUGCAGAGUGGAGGCCAGGAGCGGCCAGCCAGCCGUGGGCCAGAGACAGUGCGCUCCAUCAAGACCAACGACCAGGCACGGCGGCUCAGGCGGGAGUGUAGCGGUGUUGGUGGUGGUGGCAGCAGCGGCGGUGGUGGUGGGAGGUGGGAGGGUGUGAAAGUGGAGUCUGGUGAGGCACUGGAGGGCCUGGCAUUGCCCGACAACUGCUGCUUUGAGACAGCCUUCACUUCAGACAGCCCACAGACCAGGAUCAUCCCACAGAAGUCAGUCGACUCCAUCCACUUCCGUCACGGCGAGAAGCAGCGGCCCAAGAGCCUGGCCGUCCCUCCUCUGUCUGCCGCCCGGCCCUGGGACUCCACUGUGGAUGCCUCUUCUGCUUCGGACCUGUUCCGCUCCAGCAUCAUCUCGUCGACCAGCACGGAGUACCUCACGGCCCUGGCGCCCCUCUCCCCCCUCAACAGAUCCCGCUCUGCUGGGAACCUGCAGUGUCUGGAAGCUGACUCCAGUGCCCCGGCACCCCCGGCCCCGGCACCUGCCAGGAGCCUGGCCAGCCGCAUCAGGGACUCCAUCAAGCGGAAGAACCUGCGGGAUGACUCCCUCUCCAAGAAGCGCGGCGGGCGGGUGAUGGCUGGUGCAGCGAACCACCUCAGGACAAAGUCUGGAGGCUAUGUCAAUCCUGGCCUGUCAGGCACAGCCCCAGACGACACCGCCAGCACGGUGUCCUCGGAGGGCCUGGGUGUGGAGGGCAGCAGACUGGCACACCUGCGUACCAAGUCUGGUGGGUUCCUCAAUCUGGCUCUUGCACCGGCUGGAAAUUCCACAGACACCCUGGACUCGGUGCCUUCUGCCCCCCUCAGUGCUCGGUCCGACCCCGGCCUGCUGGACCAUCGGCCGGCCGCUGCCCCCAUCCCUCGGCCACUGUCCCGCCACAGAACCCUCACCCCUGACGGCUGCCUCAGUCACAGUCUCCAUUCCACAGCCUCGGGAAACAGCAUCUACCACUCGGCCCUCUCCCACACCAGCCACACCAGCCAGGCCAGCAGGGGCAGCACUCCCACCUCCCUGGCCUCCCACACACCCCUGGUCUCCCCCUCCCUGCGGCCCAUCAGCGGCAUGGCAGGCAUCUACUCCUCAGGCCUCAGUAAAGGCUCCACCACCCAGCCCCAGGCCUCCAGGGACACCCCCACUGACCUGUACAAACACCUGUCCUCCUCUGCCAAUGAGUUGAGUGAUGGGUGGAUGGACCGCACCCCCCAUGGCCGGGCACCUCCCUUUGGGCGGGGGGGAGUGUGGCGGCUGUACCACUCCUCGCCAAGUAAGAGACGCAUCGGCCGCAGGCGAGGGGCGCAGGUGUUCUGGGGGAGCAAAGCUUGUCUGCCUGGACUGCUGACGAGGGAAGGGCGGGAGGCGGCCACCAGCUCUGCCCGCCUGCUCCUGCUGCUGCUGAGUCCAGUGCGGCGCCGCAAGCUGCACCUGCUGCUGCGGAUGAUGAACAAGAUGGCCGCCAAUGAGAAGCUCAACAUUGACCCUGACCUGUCCACACGAACCCUGGUCCUGAACACCUUCGCCCGCAGCAUCCUCCUGUGUGAGCGUGAGGCGGACCAUGACGAGGUGCUGGCGCUGCGAGUGGUGGCCUUCCUGAUGGACGCCCAUGAGGAGGUGAUGGCCCCUCCCCAGGACCUCACCGUGCUUGUCCACAGGCGCCUGGCUCUCCGACACCGCAGCCAGGUUGUGUACGCGGCGGCAGCCGGGGAGCGCGCCAUCACCCACACCUACUGCCGGCAGGUGACAGCCUCCGAGUACCAGCGGCAACAGGUCACUGGCUCACAGCUGUUCCUGACGCAGCUCCUGGACCAGCUGGUGGACAACACAGCCAAGUUCUCAUCCAAGGAGCGCAAGAGGAAGCUGAAGGAGUUCAAGUCGCUCUAUCCUGAGGUGUACCGAGCCAGGUUCCCCGAGGAGGAGGAGGAGAACAAGAAACCUGAGGGGAAGAGCCGCAUGAAGAGCCUCAUCAAGCUGGCCUCCCUUACCUCCCUGGGCCGCAGCCGCCAGAUGAGGAUGUGAGGUGCGGCCAGGCAGUGUGUGUCAGGAGUUGUGUGGCAGCCAGUCAGUGGGUGAUAUGGCUAGUGUGGGCUUGUCUUGUGUCAGAACUGGUUGGUUAUGGGAGGCAAGAAUACUAGAGGAAGGUCAAGUAUAUGACAUGUUGAUAGUUCCAGUUGAUGAGGAGGUGGUUGUCAUGGUAACUGACUAAGUGAGGUGUACUCUUUAGUCAGUAUCAGUCAAGAUCUUUAUAGUGACUUAAUUUCAGUGCACUCUGUAAUGCAGGACACCUCACUGAUUAGAGUAAAGUGAAUGGUAGAGAGGUGUGACAUGGCCAGUUUGGUUGAAUGAGUGAGUGAGAGUAGCAAAUAUUUCGGAUUCAGUACCUCCAGUUAUUAAGACAACAGAAAACAAGAGAGUGUGUGAUAAAGAAGGCUUAAGUAUGACCAAGCUAAAUACUAUGAGGGAGUGACAACCCAUGUUAAGUGAGAGAACAAUGAUAGAAUGCUUGAAAGUGGAGACGAUAAAGAAAUGGGAAGGGAAAGGAAUGAAAUAUGGUAAGAGGGGGGAUGACAGACAUGGUGUGUACAUUGUUAGUUGUUCUUUUACCAUUAUUGUUCCUCUCCCUUGCACAACCAGCCCUCACUCACACUUUAUUUUUAGUGCCAUAUGAUCUUUGCACUCUGGCACAUUUUAACCCUUAACAUUAACUAGAUUUAACCAUUAUUAUCUUCAAUGUAUGUAUAAGGAUUAGUUCUCUCUUUAAAGUGGCCUGAAGUGUUGCUAUAAGAGGGAGAACAUUCAGGGACACUAGAACAGGUUGCUUAGUGGGUUGCCUUCUAUGACCAGCCAGGGGAGGGGGUGUUUGCUGGUCAACAUUGGCCCAGCGUGGGUAGUUGCAAGUGCCAUGUGACGAAGUGAAGCCAUACAUUGAACAAGAGUGCCAUCUGGUGUCAAAUAUGUAGUGAGACGAAAGCUGGUUUGAAGCAUAUGCCAUCUGUGAUUAACAUUCUUUCAGUGAGAUGAUGAGUGUUUUAGAUCAUACCCAGUCAUUAAUUGCAUGAUGUGCUGAAGCUUUUAUUCAUGUGUAUCAUAGGACAUGCUUCAUAUAUACAUACUUACAUAACCUUUAUAGAACUACCACUUGUGUAUAGCUGUCUUAUUAUAUUACUUUAUCUUUUCCCUAGGGACACAUGUUAAGGCAUUAAUGUUACUAAUAGUGCUAGUGUAGUUUGUGUGGUGCUAGAGUUAAUAUUAAUGUUAGUGGUGUUUGCAUAAUAUGUGGGUGUGGUGGUUGAUGAACAGAGACAGAAUUGAUGGCAAGAGUUGGUAUGUCACUGAAUACUAAAUAGGAGAAAUAGUGGUAACUUGUAUGGCAUUAUUUGCAAUGCAUAUUUGUAUUUGAAGGGGGAUGGUAAGCAAAAUUUAGACAGUAAUGACAACAAGUGAUUAUUUCGUACACAAGGGAAGAGUUGAAAGUGUAAUACGUGCAUAGUCGAAUAUAUUGGAAGGGAUUAAGUAUAUGCUGAACUAAGGCAAUGAAGAGAGGAAAAAAAAAAGAAAGUGCAUUAUUAAGAUAGAGAAAAAUAUAAACUAUAGAAGGAUACUGUAAUUUAUCAGAAAAGAUUAAUCCAGAUGGUAGAUAAUUGUGAAGUGAGAUGACAGACAGCAGUGAUAUGAGGAAGAAUCUCCAGCACAGUAUAGUAUUCUGCCACCUUACUGAGUCAUGUCAGAAUACCAGAUGACGGGGGAAUGUGUGUUAGUUGAUGUGACUGAGAAUGGUAGGACAGGCAUCAGAUAUAGAUAGAUUUAGAAUAUUCCCUAAAAAGAUGUAGAUGGAAAUGAACCAGUUGUAAGUGUUGAGAAAGGAACAGAGACUUUCUGUGACAUGAAGGAGUGAAACAGUAUUAAAUAAAUUAAUUGGGAAAGGCGCAGUGUUAUAUAGAGUUAGAAUAUUUUGGGACCAGUUUUCUGCCUUGAUCAUUCCUUACAAGGGAAGAACUUCAGAGGCAAUACAAAAUUAUAAUUGUUGUUGACUGGUGUUACUUCUGCAAGUGCUAAUAUUUUUGUUAGUGAUAGUAGUAGCAGCAAUGAAGGUAGUAGUGCAAUGUUAUGGAUAAGAGUACUGCAUAACAAAUAGCAGACAUAGUAGGUGAGGUGUUGGUGUUCGUGUUGACAGGAUGGAGUAAGAACAGGAGACUUGAGUGUACAAAGGGAGAGUCAGUCUUAGUGCCAUUUAUGUGUUCCUCAUAUUAAUAGUAAUAAGAAAAGAGAAAAGCUUGAUUGGAUCUGUUAUAUAUGAUGACACAGCCUUGGAUGAAACACUGCCUUGCCUGUGAUCAUCACAAUACAAAUGUUACUCAACAUUAAAGUUUCACCACCGCAAUGUGCCUCGUGGUCCUGGCACCACUGGCUGGACUGUUCAUAGUGCCAGCAGUGAGGGUAAUGGUGACACUGGCACCAUUACUAGUGUUGACAUCUGGUUAUGGUUAAAGAACAGCUUUUUGUUUCCCUUCCCAACAUCUUGAAGCAGCAGUAGCAGUGGUCUUGUUUCUCUGUUUCAUGCCAAGCAACAUGCUAGUCUCCCUUCCCACACUAAUAAGGCUACAAAAGAACAAAUGUAUUUUGUUAUUAGUUUUAGGGGAAUGCAAUUUUUAUCCAGCAUAUACCAGCAUGUUUUGUUUGGAUAACCUUCUUGUAUGUCUUGUUACUUUUGACAAAAGUGUCCAUUCUUCACUCCCUGUCUACAUAUAUUUACCUUGCAAACUUUUUUUGUCUCCUUUACUUCUGUCAUUUCUUGACAGUUUCUGUUUUUUGGUCUGACUGUCAGCUGCUAUUUAUAAACAUGUGGAAAGCUGAUGUAAAUAGUUUGUAAAUAUGCCAUAGAUUCUUAUUUUGUAGCAUUGUAUAAGAAAGGUGUGCAAUCUUAUUAGCAGUACACUUUAUCUUAGGUAUUGAUGCUUCAAUAGCCUCCCUAUCAACAUACCAAAAGUAUUAACAUUAAGUAUAUUAUAUUCUACAAUUCACCAGUGCAUUGUAUUACUGAUAACAUGUAAGUGUGUAAGCUUGUGUGACCAGCACUUUGUAUUUUAGAUGGUGACAUUUCUAUAUUGUUACAUAUAGUAUAGAGUAUUUCCUUUCUUAAGACUAUAUUGCCUUCUUCCUUAUAACUGCGACAUCCUCCCUGCUCUUACACUACUCUUAACAUGCCUCAUCACUUCUCAUCCACAUUACCUUGACUCAUGUCACUCAUUCAUUCACUGACUCAUUCAGCAGCCCAGAGUCCCUUCCACCACCACCAGUGUCUUCUACAUACCUACACUCCACUCCAUAUUGUCCUCCUUCUUCAUUGUAGGAAUGUAUAGUGCUGAAGAGGAGGCUCCACAAUGCUGUUCUUUUCCAGUUUUAACACACACACACACACACACACACACACAUAUGCAAAACUUCCCUAAGGUAUAUUAUAAUCUUAUUCAUAUCCUGUAUUUAUUAUUACUUUAAAUAUGCACAAUUUUCUAAGUUUUAUUGUUUGUCUGUUGUGAUUAUUAUUUUAUUUGCCACCAUUAUUGCAUGUUUCAUAUUGAUAUUAUCGACUUGUCAGCAGGAACACGAAAAGCUCAGUAUUAUUUGUUAGUGGUUGCUUAUCUGUUACAUGAAGUUGGUUCUGUGCAACACGUUAUAGUAGGUAGGAUUUUUUAUAAAGGUAUUUAAAGAUCACGUGGUACACUUCUGGUAUAUUUUUAAUGGGAAGCUUUAUUUUUAGAGCUUGGUGUGUAAAUGUUUUGAGCUUAGAGGAGUUUAACAUAGUGAUGGAAGUGAGUGCAGGUGUAGCCAAGCAGGUGUUGAGUGGGUGUGUGGAGAUUUGUGUCAGAGGUUAGUUUGGACAUUAUCUUGCAUCUCCUACAGAACUAAUUGUUUGUCUAAUAUCAGCUCCUGAGUCACCAUUAGCCUGUAUCCACAAAGUUUUCAGUGUUACCUUAUUACCUAAAUUGCUGAGCUGUAUUAUUCAUCCUAAUUUGAGGUAUAGUGUUAGUGCGGUCAUUGGUCAUAGUAGAUUAACAUAUCAUUCUUACUUCAUUGUGUUAAAUGUUCCCCACAAUUUUAGUACUUUGUUCUGAAAAUUGAACAAUAGGCAGGAUUUGUCAGAAAACUGUAAGCAGAUCAGAGUAUUUCAGGUUAAGGGAAGAUAUAUAAAAGCAUAAUGGAAGCAAGUGCAAGAAAGUGACAGAGUUAACCACCGUGACUACACUCUUCUCUUGUAUCCUUCAAAGACCUCAGUCCAUGUUGGAUAAUAGCUUAGAAAAUUUUUCUUUAAAUGAAAAUUUGAACAUUUUGAGGCAUUAAUUAUCUGAAUAUUUAUCUUAGGUGAGCUGUGUAGCAUAAAGCACAAGAGACAAGAGGUGAGGAGAGUGGAAAGAGUGAGCCAAAGUACAUGACAGGAUUAAAUUAGAUUAGGACAAGUGACUGGAAGCAAAACAACUCACAGGCAAAGCUAAUUCUUCUUUUUUCCUAUUAUUAAUGUUACUCUGGAUAGCACAGAGCUUAACCAAUAAAAUGUAUGUAGUGUGCUCAGAGGAACUUGACUGAGACUCCUUCCCAUUCAUCGGACCAAAGUAUACUGCCCAAAAAUUAUCACUAAUGUGUUUUGAGUUGAGUGGGAUUGUGUGGGUGGUGAGGGAAACUUAGCAGUUGUGGGUUAAACAAUGAGAAGAGAUGCAGGUUUUAUUAAAUUAAUUUCUAUUUUAUUAUUAUUAUUAUUAUUUUCUUUCAUCAAGUUAACAUGAGCCGUCUACAAGUGAGUGUCUCCAGGGUAAAAAUGACACUGUGUGAUUUGCUUGAUUGAUUAUAUGACUUCUUUGAAUUAAAAUUUUACAACUAUAA